AUGGCAGGCCAGCAACGCGCGCCCUUGCCGCCUGUCGAGCGCCUUAGCCCAGCGUGCAUCCGCAUCCUGGGAGGUAACCCGGGCAAGUUCACGCUGCAAGGUACAAACACCUAUCUGCUCGGCACGGGAAGGCAGCGAAUCCUCAUCGAUACGGGGGAGGGCCGCCAGGCCUGGUUGGACUCGCUCAAGGCCACUCUCGAGUCCGAGGCGGCCACCGUUCAAACCGCCCUCAUCUCCCAUUGGCAUCAGGAUCACACGGGCGGCAUCGCCCAGCUGCAGAGCCUUGCCCCGGGCGCCACCAUAUUCAAAAUGGACCCGGCCCCUGGCCAGUCGCCUAUUGAGGACGGCCAGGUCUUUCGUGUUGAUGGAGUGACCCUCACAGCGGUGCACACGCCAGGCCACACCGUGGACCAUGUCGUCUUCGUCUUAGAGGAGGAGGACGCCAUGUUUACCGCCGACAAUGUACUCGGCCACGGCACCGCCGUCUUCGAGGACCUGGCAGCCUAUCUCGCUAGCCUUUCCAAGAUGCGGACCCUCUUCUCCGGCCGCGCGUAUCCUGGCCACGGCCCCGUCGUUGAGAACGGGCCGGCGCGCAUCGCCGAGUACGUUGCCCACCGGAGGCAGCGCGAACAGCAGGUUCUAGAGGUCAUGUCCUCCAAGGCCUCGGCUUGGAGCGCCAUGGAUAUUGUCAAGGUGGUGUAUCGGGACGUCCCCGACAGCCUCCACGCUGCGGCUUGCGGGGGUGUCGUGCAGAUAUUGGACAAACUGCAGCGCGAAGGUCGAGUUGCCGGCGUUGGCGACGAAUGGGGUCUUGUUGGCGACAAGCCCGUGCUUUGA